AUUUAUUGCAUUUCUUUAUUGCUUAAAGAGAAAGCCUUUCUUUUUGGAGUGAUGAAAAAGUCUUGGAAAUAGGUAAUUGUACUCUUAAAAUGGUUAACAUGGCAAAAAUCUUGUUACAUUUAUUUUAUCACAAUUUUAAAAAACUAAUAUAUCAAAAACCAUUGAAUUGUACACUUCAAAUGAGUGACUUAUAUGGAGUAUGAAUUAUAUCCCAAUAAAACAUUUUUAAAACUGUUUGCAGGGGAGACAAAGUUUCCUUUUCCCCCAUGAUUAUACUUCAUCAACAGCUCCUGUCCAUGUUUUUGCCUCCAUCCUAUCUAGCCACCUUGAACCUAUCUUCCCACAUCAGACCUUUCCUGUCAUCUGGUUCAGAAUUACUGAGAGAAAUUGGAACAUGAUCACCAGUGCCCUAGAAUUAGGAGCAGCCACCGGGAUGAAGCCCGAACCACUCAAGACUCCCCGAGGAGGGGAUUAUUCUCCCAAACAUUUUAGCAGCACUAUCCCUAGGAUGAGGAGGAGCCUGAGAGGAUGUCUAGCACUCGCGGUGGGAAGGCAAAAAAACAAGAGGGCAGAGAGCCAGAAAAAUGGCUGUUGCAAUGAUCCAGGCUAGAUAGGAUGGUGGUUCGAUGAGGGCAAAAAAUGGCAGCAGCAAUGAGGAUAGACAGGGAGAGACCGAUCAGCCAGAGACUACUGGACUUGUGUUUGGUUGGCUGAGUACGAGGCACAUCGGUUUGUGACACAUUAACGUAUCCGAGUACACAGGGUAAUACGGCGAGCACGCGGGGUGCCUUUAGUCCAGGACUUACGGCGCGGGCGGGGCAGGCGGUGGGAAGCUCGGUCGGCCUCGGCGGCGGCGGCUCCCGGAGCCGGACGGCCGCCGCGGGGCUCUGCUCUGCGGCUUCGCCAUGGCUGGUCCCGGCCCGGGCGCGGCUCUCGAGUGCCCGCGGCAGCUGCUGGGCCGCGUGCGCUUCCUGGCAGAGGCGGCGCAGAGCCUCCGCGCCGGACGGCCGCUGCCGGCGGCGCUCGCCUUCGUGCCACGCGAGGUGCUCUACAAGCUCUACAAGGACCCGGCGGGGCCGUCGCGCGUGCUGCUGCCGGUGUGGGAGGCGGAGGGCCCGGGGCUGCGUGUGGGAGCCUCGGGCCCGGCCCCCGGAACCGGCUCCGGGCCGCUCCGCGCCGCCCGCGACAGCAUUGAGCUCCGGCGCGGCGCCUGCGUGCGUACUACCGGCGAGGAGCUGUGCAACGGCCACGGGCUGUGGGUGAAGCUGACCAAGGAGCAGCUGGCGGAACACCUGGGCGACUGCGGGCUGAACGAGGGCUGGCUGCUGGUGUGCCGCCCGGCGGAGGGCGGGGCCCGCCUCGUACCCAUCGACACCCCAGACCACCUCCAGCGGCAGCAGCAGCUCUUCGGCGUGGACUACCGACCGGUGCUCAGAUGGGAACAGGUGGUGGACCUGACAUACUCUCACCGCCUUGGAUCAAGGCCCCGGCCAGCCGAGGCGUACACGGAAGCUGUACAAAGAUUACUCUAUGUGCCCCCGACGUGGACCUACGAGUGCGACGAGGACCUGAUCCACUUCUUGUACGACCACCUGGGCAAGGAGGAUGAGAACCUGGGUAGCGUGAAGCAGUAUGUGGAGAGCAUAGACGUUUCCUCCUACACGGAGGAGUUCAACGUGUCGUGCCUGACAGACAGCAACGCAGACACCUACUGGGAAAGUGAUGGGUCCCAGUGCCAGCACUGGGUACGGCUUACCAUGAAAAAGGGCACCAUUGUCAAGAAGCUGCUACUCACAGUGGAUACCACAGAUGACAACUUUAUGCCUAAGCGGGUGGUGAUCUAUGGGGGCGAAGGGGACAACCUGAAGAAGCUGAGUGACGUGAGCAUUGAUGAGACCCUGAUCGGAGAUGUUUGUGUCCUGGAGGACAUGACCAUUCACCUCCCAGUCAUCGAGAUCCGCAUUGUCGAGUGCCGAGAUGAUGGGAUUGACGUGCGUCUUCGAGGGAUCAAGAUCAAGUCAUCCAGACAGCGGGAACUAGGGUUAAAUGCAGAUCUGUUCCAGCCGACCAGUCUGGUGCGAUAUCCCCGUCUGGAAGGCACUGACCCUGAAGUGCUGUACCGCAGAGCUGUUCUCCUGCAGAGAUUCAUAAAGAUCCUAGACAGUGUCCUGCACCACCUGGUACCUGCCUGGGACCACACACUGGGCACCUUCAGUGCGAUUAAGCAAGUGAAGCAGUUCCUGCUGCUGUCACGCCAAAGGCCAGGCCUGGUGGCCCAGUGCCUACGUGACUCAGAAAGCAGCAAGCCCAGUUUCAUGCCACGCCUGUACAUCAACCGGCGCCUCGCUAUGGAGCAUCGUGCGUGCCCCUUAAGGGACCCUGCCUGCAAGAAUGCAGUCUUCACCCAGGUUUAUGAAGGCCUCAAGCCCUCUGACAAGUAUGAAAAGCCCUUGGACUAUAGGUGGCCAAUGCGCUAUGACCAGUGGUGGGAGUGUAAAUUCAUUGCAGAAGGCAUCAUUGACCAAGGGGGUGGUUUUCGGGAUAGCCUGGCAGACAUGUCAGAAGAGCUGUGCCCUAGCUCAGCGGACACCCCUGUGCCUCUGCCCUUCUUUGUGCGCACAGCUAACCAGGGCAAUGGCACUGGUGAGGCCCGGGACAUGUAUGUGCCCAACCCCUCCUGCCGAGACUUUGCCAAAUAUGAGUGGAUUGGACAGCUGAUGGGAGCUGCCCUUCGGGGUAAGGAAUUCCUGGUGCUGGCUCUGCCUGGUUUCGUGUGGAAGCAGCUCUCUGGUGAGGAGGUGAGCUGGAGCAAAGACUUCCCGGCCGUGGACUCUGUGCUGGUGAAGCUCUUGGAAGUGAUGGAAGGAAUGGACAAGGAGACAUUUGAGUUCAAAUUUGGGAAGGAGCUGACAUUCACCACCGUACUAAGUGACCAGCAAGUAGUAGAGUUGAUCCCUGGGGGUGCAGGCAUCGUGGUGGGAUAUGAGGACCGUUCUCGUUUCAUCCAACUGGUGCAGAAGACACGGCUAGAAGAGAGCAAGGAGCAGGUGGCAGCCAUGCAGGCAGGUCUGCUAAAGGUGGUGCCACAGGCUGUGCUGGACUUGCUGACCUGGCAGGAAUUGGAGAAGAAAGUGUGUGGAGACCCAGAGGUCACUGUGGAUGCUCUGCGCAAGCUCACCCGGUUUGAGGACUUCGAGCCAUCUGACACUCGGGUGCAGUACUUCUGGGAAGCACUGAAUAACUUCACCAACGUGUGGCCACAGAUUUCCUUCUCCAUCCAGAGGAUCGGAGCCGCUUCCUGCGCUUCGUCACUGGCCGCAGCCGUCUGCCUGCACGGAUCUACAUCUAUCCCGACAAACUGGGCUACGAAACCACAGAUGCGCUGCCUGAGUCUUCCACUUGUUCCAGCACACUCUUCCUACCACACUAUGCCAGUGCCAAGCUGUGCGAGGAGAAGCUCCGCUAUGCGGCAUACAACUGUGUGGCCAUCGACACCGACAUGAGCCCUUGGGAAGAGUGAUGCGGCGCCAGGGGGCAGCCUCGGCCUGCGGGACUGUGCCUGCACGGGUCCCACUAGGUGGCGCUCAGGGUGAAGACUCAUUACCUGGACCAGCUGGGGUGUGUGCUCCUGACCUGAGCGGACCCACUCAGGAAGACGGCACGCCCCUGCGUCUGGUUGGAGUGGGGGCCGUUGGUUGACCCUGAUGACCCAGCCCCACAGACCCACAAGAGCCCUGUGCGUGCUCGGGCUUGCUUUCUAAGUUAUUUAGCCUCUGUGAGAGGGAAUCUUCCAUAAGCCCAGCACAAGCUGCCAGGACUGAGCUACUUGAAGGGGGCCUUCUAGCUCCCCAUCCCAUGGAUUUUACUUAAGGGUUUUUUUUGGCUCCUCCUCCUUUCUCCUUGUUUUUCUUGGCUUCAGCCUGGACUCAAAGCUAAAACCUCUGUAGGGUGGUGGAGGCUCCUCCCCAAACAAGGCAUCAGGGAUAGAGCAUAAUGGCCAUCCUCUUUGGUCACCUGCCCCAAGAAAGAAGCAGCGCUGAGCACCUUCUCCCUCACAUACUUAUUUUCUCCUCCCCUCCCCCCAUACCCAAAGUGUGAGCUCUGUUCUUCUUCCAACUCAGUCUUAACUGAUAAAGUGCCACCAUCUUCCCUGGCUCAGAACCUACAGAACCUACAUCUACUCAACAUUAAAUCUUUAAUAACACCACCAUCACACCAUAUUCAACCCUUAGCAUCACCUCCAGGCUGAUUCCCCAUCUGCCAUGUCAUCCCCAAGAUGGUGCAAGGUUAAGGCCAGUUAACAUCCUUUCUGAAAUCUUCAGUGGUUCUCUUUCAGCAAACUGAAAGCCUAGACUUUAAACCUGCUUCUAACUCUUAGGCAGGUCCUUGCCCCAGUCCUCCCUCCCGUAAGGGCCUCUGUGACACUCCAUCAAAGUUCUUGCACAUGGGAAAGUGUAAUAAAUGGAUGCAUUCA